UGUUGCUCGUUAGUAGCGGAGUACAACCCAGUAAGGUAGCUUCCGUGCCCAGCAACUGCUUUGUCGCACAAACAUUGCAAGCAUUCCAAGCAUUUCAAGAUAGGAGAAUUGGAAACACAAAGAAGAAUGGACGAACGAGAAAAUGGGCAUGGACGAAGGCUGUUAAUCUUUCACUUGUGCCUCGUCCAACAGAAUGUUCAGGGGAGUCCAAAGGCCUUGAACCGCCUCAAAGCUCGUCGCUCAUGGAGACUCUGUAACUACCGCGCUUCCUAUCUCUGAUGCUCCAACCUCCCCGCUCUCCAUCACCGGGGAUCACUUCUUUGCAAGUAGUUGGGUCUGGAGCAGUCAGCAGUGUGAAGCAAUUCGCACUCUGUGUGUUCACGUGCUUUUCAGUUUGUGUACCUUGCACAGAGGAUCCUAUUCCGUUAUAUGUGUGUAGAGGUUUUGGUAUUCUUUGCUGUGUGGCUGCAUCGUGAAGCGCAGUUGCUACUCAGUUGCGUCACUUUCGAGAGUUUAAUUGCUGUCGUGGUUUGACACCGUUGGAGCUUGGCUAACUCGAAGUUGGUACCAGAGCUUUACCUUUCAAGAAACGUAUAAGAGGUUGUUUUAAGGCGACGUCGUGGUUGUAUCCUUGGCUUUGCUCCUGGUGUGCUGUGUGUGUAAAGAGGAUGGGAAGGACCAGGAGCCGGAGCUACAGUCCGAUAGCACGGCGGGAUAGAAGCCGAAGUCCAACCCGAAGGAGUCGUCGUCGGGACGCGGAUGAUGGAGGAAUCAGAAGAAAGUCCUGGAGGGGGAGGGAGCUUGGCGGCCGUUAUUCGAGUGCUCCUACCAGCCUUCUCGUUCGGAACAUAGCUCGAGAUUCCAGGCCAGAGGAUGUGCGGAUUCCAUUUGAAAGAUUUGGGCCUGUCAAAGACGUGUACCUUCCAAAGGACUACUACAGUGGAGAGCCCCGUGGCUUCGGGUUUAUCCAGUACCUGGAUCCUGCAGAUGCGGCUGAUGCUCAAUAUCACAUGGAUCGACAGUUCAUAGCUGGACGCGAAAUAACUGUUGUGUUUGCAGAAGAAAAUCGAAAGAAACCUUCCGAGAUGCGAGUGAAGGAGCGUUCAAGCACUCCAACUGGUCGAGGUUUGAGUCACGGACAUGGUGGGAACCGAGGUGGCGGCUUCAAUAGUGAUAAGUAUCGGAGACGAUCCCCUGGUCGUCGCUUCAGAUCUGUGUCGCCAUCACGCUCGCCGCCGACUAGACGCCACUCCUCACGAGACCGGCUUGCUGGGCGUGACAAGCGUAGCUGCAAACAUAACGCUUCUCCUCUUGGAAGCCCUGCUGCAAAGAGGUCAUCAAGCCCUGACACUAAUGGACAAGGAGCAGGAAAAUCUUGGUCACGGAGUUUAUCACCAAGAACUGCCCGGUCUUCGCCAUCAAAAUCUGAUUCUUUAGAAUAGAAAUGCUACAGUAGUUGAUCUGCAUAACGCUGCAUCGAUUAUGGUACUCUCCAGCUCGUUAUUGCAGACUAUCCUUGAAGAAUCAGUCAUUAAAUUGUAGACGAUAGAAAGCCGCUUGGAUAUAUCAAGUCCGGUGUAGUGUGGCAAUCAACGUAAGGUAUAUCUUGUCACACUUAAGCUCGUAUUCUGGUUAUUAGACUAGGCUAAUUAGAAAUAUGCAAUUCCAAAAAUUAAUGUACUUCAAAAUCGCUAUACGUAAUGAAAGUUACAUCCAAGUCAUGUGGAGAAGGUUAUGUUACAAUCAAA